UCCCUCUCUGGAGACAUUCCAAACCCACCUGGAUGUGCACCUGUGUCACCUGCUUUAGGUCACCGUACCUAGGCAGGGAGUUUGGAUUAGGUGAUAACCAUAGGUCCCUUCUGACCAUAAUGAUUCUUCAACCCUAUGGUCCCUUCAACCAUAACGUGUUUUAUUGAAACUUACAGUGGUGCGGGUGCUGAAAGAUGAGUGGUUCAUAUUGCUCCUGAAUGCUGCCCAAGACUGGAGUCUUGAAGUUCCAGCAGCACUGAAACCACUGUUAUGCUGAAACUUGCUGUACCGUGUUAUGGGAAGGGGUUUCAUGCGGGUAGGAAAUGGUAGGCUUGCUGGCAUGGUGGUAAUCUGCUGAAAGAGUUGGUGUGAAUAAUUUUGGUUUGAAACCAAAACUAGUUUGGAGCAAAACAGGGGAAAAUACUUAGAGCAAACUGGAGUUCUUAAUUUGAUAUACCCCAUCCUGAAUGCCUGAUACACACAAGUGGAAUAAUAUAUUAGAUUUUUAAGGGACUUAAAAAAAAAUUAAGGCAGUCUGUUUCAAAGCACCAGUAUUUAUUGUCAAUGUUACUGACUUCUUUCUUGCAGCUGAGUGUCGUGUUUUUAAAUAACUGCUGGUAUUUGAUUAGAGUAAUGGAUUUGAGGUUAAUCUCAAGAACUGGAUCCACCAUCAUGGGACCUGAUUACUGGCAGCUUUAGUAAUAUACAUUCACUACCAAGAAGGCUCUUGUAGGAAAAUUCGUUUGUUGUUUUGUGGUUGGAUUUGGUUUUGAAUUUGUUUUGGUUUUUUACUUUUAAAAUCAGUGUCAGCAUACAUUCAGUGCUGUGCAAUACUGCCAGUUCUGAUCAUUGAGAACAGUACUGUGCCACGCAAACAGUUUGGUGAUUUCAUCAGUUACUGUAAACAGGGAUCUGUGUGAGAAUGACCAUGUUCUUCUGUCUCCCAUUCUUCAUAACUGGAUCUCAAAGCAGCUAUAGUUUGGAAGAGAACAGUGAAUAUCCUGCAUAGUUAUGAGAAACAUUCACCAGCGUAAAACAGUCUGGAAGAUUUCUCUUAAGAAAAUCAAAGAGCACAGAACCCUUUAAUAAAACAGAAUAUAUUUAGCAUUUUGUUAGCUUCUGGCUGUCUGAGUUGUAAAAAAAAUGAAUCGUUACACAAUUAUGAAACAACUGGGUGAUGGCACCUAUGGCAGCGUGUUGAUGGGGAAGAGCAAUGAGUCAGGAGAACUUGUGGCUAUCAAAAGAAUGAAAAGAAAGUUCUAUUCAUGGGAUGAAUGUAUGAAUUUGAGAGAAGUCAAGUCUCUGAAGAAGCUAAACCAUGCCAAUGUAAUAAAAUUGAAGGAAGUCAUACGAGAAAAUGACCACCUUUAUUUUGUAUUUGAGUACAUGAAGGAAAAUCUCUAUCAGCUAAUGAAGGAUAGAAACAAGUUUUUCCCUGAGUCAGUCAUCAGAAAUAUGAUGUAUCAGAUAUUGCAAGGGCUGGCUUUCAUCCACAAACACGGAUUUUUUCAUAGGGAUAUGAAGCCUGAAAACCUUCUUUGUAGUGGACCAGAACUUGUGAAAAUUGCAGAUUUUGGGUUGGCUAGAGAACUAAGAUCUCAGCCACCUUACACAGAUUAUGUUUCUACCAGGUGGUACCGUGCUCCUGAAGUUUUGCUGAGAUCUUCUGUCUAUAGCUCACCUAUUGAUAUAUGGGCAGUUGGCAGCAUAAUGGCUGAGGUAUACACACUCAGACCUCUUUUCCCAGGCACAAGCGAAGUAGAUGAAAUCUUCAAAAUUUGCCAAGUCCUAGGGACUCCAAAGAAGAGUGACUGGACAGAAGGAUACCACCUUGCUUCUGCCAUGAAUUUCCGUUUCCCACAAUGUGUCCCUAUAAGCCUAAAAACUCUCAUCCCAAAUGCAAGCAAUGAAGCAAUACAGCUUAUGAGUGAUAUGCUGAACUGGAAUCCAAAGAAGAGACCUACAGCAAGCCAGGCUUUGAAGUACCCUUACUUUCAAGUUGGCCAAAUUUUAGGACCUCCUCCACAGUAUCUGGAGAAGCAGACUCCUGUUAAACCAGUUCAGCCAACGGAGCCAAAGCCAUCUUUACCUAAACUGGAAGCUAAGCCAGAACCUCUGUCUUCACCUGAUUUACCUGACAAAACGCAGCCACAGUCCUUGCCAAAGGUUAACCACCAGCCUCUCCAGCAAAUUCAGUUGCCUCAGAAUACAGCUAACCAGCAAGUACCAAAGCAGCAGCAGCCACAGGCACAACCAUUUUUUCCAGUUAUCAAUAAAAACUCAUCGCCUAAACAAGCAGCUAGUGGCCCUCUGAAUGGUGUACUAGGUCCUAAAAACUGCAGAAGACGGUGGGGUCAGACUUUGGUAAAGGCUGUGGAUAGCUGGGAUGACUUGGAUGACCCAGAAUUUGGAAUGUCAUCUUCAAAGAAGCCUAGCAUUGCACUGUUAAAAGAAAAGAAAAACAAGGAAUUUCUUUUUAGUGUGCCAGAAUCAAAAGCUUCACGCUGUAUCCAGCCAGGAGGGGAAAACAAGACUCUGAUGAGAAAUGAUUCUGAAAGAUCAAAUACAUCAGCAAAAGAUUACUAUAUAAACCAAUCAAGAUAUCUGCCUGGUGUAAAUCCAAAGAACGUCUCUUUAGCAGCAGUUAAUAAAGGAUCACAUGGAACCUGGAACAACCAAUUGUUUGCUAAAUCACUGGCAAAUGCUGGGGGAGGGUUGACUUACAGCAGAAAUACUACAGAUGAGAACUUAAUUACACCUAUUGAAAAGCUGUCAUGCAAAGAAAGAUUGAAUGAAAAAUUAGAAGAUCCAAAAGGAAAUCCUGGCUUUGUAAGUAGUGGUGCUUACAACCCAAUGGGACUAUACACCUCUUCCUUCCAUAAAAAAGAAGUUGGAUCAGCUGGACAACGGAUACAGCUAGCACCUCUUGGUGCACCUGUAGCGGAUUACUCCUGGAAAAACAAAGCUGCUCGUCCUCCAUUACCAGGUCCUACUUUCAAUGCAAAAAACAUGAGUGUCUUUACUCGCCCCACAACAAUUCAGCGAGUACAUGGGAGAACAGACUGGGUGGCCAAAUAUGGAGGAAACAGAUAGAAAACAGCAUCCUGUGUGGAUAUUACAUGCUCUGUGUUCAGUUCUCCUGAUCUUGAGAACCUAAAAAGCCUAUUUGCUCCAGCUUCUCCUAAGACUAUGCAACAGUAAAGAAGGAAAGAAGACUUUGUGUUCUAUUAUUUGUAUAGUACAUAUAACACCAUGGAAAAUACUGGCUGUAAAGUAGGGUUUAAUGAAGUCUUGUACAACACAUAUUGCCAAAACUGAGACGUAGAUUUCACAUGAUGUUUUCUAUAGAAAGAUCUCCUCCUACUCUUUGGAACAACUAGGGUUAGGGUUGUUCAUCCAGUGCAACAUCUGCUGAUGGGAUGUGCUUGAAGCACACAAGCAGCACAAAGAAGGGCUGAAGCAGAGCAGCACCAGGCUUCCAGGUGUUAGGCUGGUUCCUCAGCUUUUCCAUCUGGCUUUGUGAAGAUUCAGGAUUUCAAGGAUUUCAGAACUCACUUGUAACUAAGAGUUACUCAGGGUCUGUAAGGUAUAAAUAUUCAUGUAGCAAUGAGGACUGAAACCCUUGUAGUAGGACAGAGGCAAUCCACUCAUAGAUACACAAGGAAGGCCUAGAAAUCUAGCUGACAGAGGGCUGUUGAAUGAUAAAGCAAUAUUGGAAAAUAGCUAAACAAGUACUGAAUACUACUUACCAAGCUUACCAAUACUAUUUACCAAGUGAAGCCUAACAAUCAGAUUCUGCUGUUUUAAUUAACUUAUUGCCAUUUUUGGUCAAAGAUCUGCAGAGAUUUAUCUCUGUCCUGUCAAGGGAGUGUCACAGUGAUCUUUUAAAGAGCCUAAAUGACUGCAGUCAUUUUAAGGGUGAAUUAGCCAAAAAUGCCUAAAUUAUCACUAAAUUCAUGUUCCUACAUGUCUUUACUGGGUGAUCAGACUAAACUACAGAGUUUGAAUAGGCUGCAUGAGGAAGACUGUUGGUCUGUUCUUCAAAGACAUUGCUUUCUGUUUUAGAUCUUAAAAGCCAACUUAGGUACCUGAAAGCACAGACAAAACUUUAAUAAUUCAGUAUGUCACUGUUUAUAUGUUCAUUCAGUACUUUCCCCAGCUUUUAUGCUAACUUUUAUAAUAAUAUUGCCCAAAGGACUUUGCAAUAUAGAGUGAUUUUUUUAUUAGGAUCUUGAGCUGGGCUACUUCUGUUAAUAACUACAUUUAGAAUAAAUGCUUUAGACUUUAUAGUAACAUUAAACUUGCCCUUUUAAAGUAAAAACUGAGUAUGCUCUUUAAAGAUGUAAACUUGUUAAUGAUGACUUCAAGCAUUUUUUUGAAAAUAAAUUUAUUUGUAUGGCUUUUAUAAAUGGAUAUUAAAAUUUAAACUCCUUUUGUUGA